GCUCUAUCUACACAUCCUAGUCCCCUUAUUAUUCACGCCCUUAGUAAGAUCCGCCUCUGGAUCAGCCCCGUUGCUUUCCAUCUCUUGCCCAAACCUUGCGUUUUGCUGCAGUCUGUAUUAACACACCGGCCUCCUCUCGCUGUCACUGCACACCCGCAACAUGGUCCGACACAUUGAGAAUUUGGAAGAAUUCAAACAAGCUUUGGUUGAUGCUGGGGACAAGCUUGUGGUUGUUGACUUCACAGCUACAUGGUGUGGUCCUUGCAAAAUGAUUGCUCCUUUCUUUAAGAGCCUUAGUGAAAAAUAUCCAGAUGUCGUUUUUCUUAAAGUGGAUGUGGAUGAUGCACAGGAUGUUGCUGCAGACUGUGAUAUCAAAUGCAUGCCAACCUUCCAUUUCUACAAGAAGGGCGAAAAGGUACAUGAUUUCAGUGGAGCCAAUCAGAACACUUUGGAGCAGAAGGUUGUGGAACUGAAAUAAAUUAAGAUUUUAUUUUCCCUUUUGUUUGUUUUUUAAGAAAAAAAAUAUAAAUCCUCUUCAAUUGUACCAUUAUACCUUAACAAUGUAUACAUUAGCAAUAUAGUAUGCCUAUAUACAGUAUACAAAAAAUAGCCUAUUAACCAAUAGAAGUUAUUAGCUGUUAAAAAACUUUUCUUUAUUAUGGAUUGCUCUCUGUGCUCUUAACAUACUUGAAUAUACAUAAUAAAAUGGAUUGUUCAAACAGA